UCUUAAAUCACGCGACCUAGAAGGACACAGAACUGCACGGGGGGCGAUACACAACCCGACCGGUAGGCAUGUAGCGUUUGUUUGUCGUGAGCGCGCUUUUUUUUAUUUUUUAUAAACAAAAACAAUAGCCUUUUAGAGCAAAGAUGCAGAUCUCUCAGAUUACUUUUUAUUUGUAUUUAAAAGAGUUAUAAACACACACAGCGCGGUGCACUCGACGUGGCGGUGAACAUGUGCUCGCAACGUAGCAGACGCGGUGUUCGCCGUGUCUUUGUGUGCUCCGGCUGCAGGAGCCCAGUAGCCCAAAACGGAUGCCCGUCGGUUCAGGCAUGUCAGUGACCCAGCCCCGUGGAGAUAUGCUCCUCUUGCGUAACAGCGCGCCCUGUUGCGAGACGUGGCCCAACUCACUGCCGGCUGCCGGGCUGUCCUGCCGGGCUGUCCUGCCGGGAGGAAAUAGCUGAAGACACCUCGGAUUGUUAAAUACUUGAGUAAUGUUUAACUGUCAGGAACCUAUAAAAAAAAACACACAAUCACGUCCAUGUGUUGCGUUCAAGGACCGCUCUGCAGGUGCCACCUUUUGACCCCCUGGACCCCUCUGAGUUUACCUCUGUGCAAUGGAUGUCGAGGUGGUCCUCCAGGAGGAGGACAUGCAGGACUCGUGGUCGCUGCUGUCCUUCAUGGCGUCCUGCCUCAUGGUGUUCGGGGGGGCGCUGCCCUACGUGCCACAGUACCAGGAUAUCCAGAGGAGCAGCAACAGCGACGGCUUCUCCACCAGAGUGUGCCUGCUGCUGCUCAUCGCCAACAUCCUGCGCAUCUUCUUCUGGAUAGGGAAGCAGUUUGAGCUCACGCUGCUGCUGCAGAGUGUGGUGAUGAUCAUCGCCAUGUUUGCCAUGCUCCACCUCUGCUGUACGGUCCACAACAACAACCGAGUGAGCACCAAGCAACGCCGACUUUCAGACUUGGACUUUCGCUACUUCUGGAAGUGGAGCGCGUUCGAGGACUACCUGCUCUUCUGCUUCGGCUUCACCGUGCUGUGCGCCGUCGUCACCCUGCUGCUGCUGGACUCCGUGGUGUACGUGGAGACGCUGGGCUCCCUGGCCGUGAUGUGCGAGGCCAUGCUCGGCCUCCCGCAGCUGCUGCAAAACUUCCACAACUCCUCCACCAAAGGCAUGAGUGUGAAGAUGGUGCUGCUGUGGACGGCCGGGGACGUCUUCAAGACCACCUACUUCGUGGUGAACGAAAGCCCGGCUCAGUUCUGGGUCUGCGGGUCAGUUCAGAUCAUAAUUGACGUGGCCAUCCUGCUGCAGGUGCUGUUGUACAGCCAAGACACCCGGGCCAAACUAGGCUGAACAUGACUGUCGCUUUGGGCAACGUAAAGAACCGGCGCUUGUGUGUGAAUUUCAAUGAGUCUAAUUAUUUAUUUUUUAAAUUUCAAAUAAAAUCAGCUGCAAAGUUGAUUGAAUUAUCAAUUAGCUUCAAGAACACGUUGAAAUACAUACAUACAUAAACGGGAUCAUCAGACCCAAAUGAUGUCCCUUCAAGUGCAAUUAAGCAAACCGUUUUAGCCUUGAUCAAACUAGUCAUGCAUCAACAAACACACCUUUGCCUUUGACUUUUUAUUAAGACAAAGUAGCACUUUGGAGCCUUUUUUAGCAUUUUGUACUAUGUAUUUGUAUGUUCUCUGUCUCAUUACUUGGAUCCUGGAGUGUAGUGCACAUGGAAGCCGAAAGAGAAACAUUGCACACAGAUCUGUGCAGCUGUACUGGCAUCUACCCCCAGUUCACACACACACACACCUUACUGAACUCUGUGCAUGUGUGUGUGUGUGUGUCUGUGUCUCUCUGUGGGAUUUUCGUGUGGCAUUCUUGAUGGUUGGUCUGUGCAGCCGAAAUUGAUUUUUGCAUCACCAAGCCAAGACCACAACAUGUACACCAAGUAAUUGUAAGAACAAAGUACAUGACUCUGUGUUAUGGCUCUGCUUUGUGGUUUGAUUGCAAAGCAGUGCAGGUCUUUCACCAUAUGUAUGAAAAAAAGUAGAAGGAAAAUAAUGAAAACAUGUGGCCAUGCUGCAAUGCUUUGUACUGCACCUCAGUCACAACAUAUUGUGUCGACACCAAAGAACAUGUUGGACUUGUGGUGUUGUCUUUCUGUCUCAUUGUCUUCGUCUCUUUACUUUACUGCCUCUCUUCCCUUCAUUGUGUGUUGCCUCUUUUGUUCUUGUUCUCUGAGACAGUGAAAGAAUGAUUUUAAUCAAUAUAAUCAGCAGGAAUGUUACAGUAUAUUUUACCUUGAUUUCUUAUCCAACAUUUAGUGCACUCAUCACUGCUGUUUUUUUACUCUUCGGGAAGCAAUACUUUGAAAUGUAAUGUAACCCAGUUAGACCGAAUAUCAUGCUUCAAGAAAUGAACCUGAAGCGACUGUAUAUGAACAUUAUUGGUGUAGGAAGGGGGCUUAAAUCUUAUGUUUAACCUUUUUUAAUGGUUCCCCCCUCUUCAUUAUUUCACAAUAUUUCAAAAUGAUUGAAUACUAUUGAACUGAUACAACUAGUUUAAAGUAAGACACCAAAUUUAAAGGAGCAUUGAGUACAGGGAUCUUUUAGCAGAAAUGGAGUAUUCAUAACCGUGUUUUCAGAAGUGUAUAAACACCUGAGACAAAGCUUAGCUUAGAAUGAGCCCCUCACAUCGACAGAGGGAACGGGUCCUUUUCACGGAGUACGCCGCGUUGCACCGCCGGGUUUCUAGUGUAGCACAGAGCGGACAAACCAACCCCUGACUGUGGGGUUUGUGCGUUACCUGAAGGACAAGAGAGGGGGGAGUGACUUGCUGCAACCUCACUGCUAGAGGCCACUACAUCCGACUGAAACACUUUUAUUUAUAGCUUUACCCUCUGUCAGCUUAUUUGAAAGGGCUCGUAGUCCUUAACUUGUGACCACCUGGGCACAGCUGUGAGGCUACUGGGGGACUUGAGCUGUAACGUCUUUAACCCAUCCCAUCGUCAAAGUGAAAAGAACAACAAUCCAUGAGAUCGGACUGGUGUAUAAGGUCCAUUACAUCUCUUGUGGCACAUUGUACAACCCACACAGUGACUGAGUUUCAUAACAUAUCUCGUUAUUUAUGUUAUGUUAUGAUUAACUAUAUUAAGGGAGGGAUAAAAUAUAAUAUGCAGAGUGAAAAAACUAAAGUUAGACCCAAUCUGCCCUCCCAGAGAGACAAACUACCCUCAGCUUCGUAAAAAGAAAACAUCCGUCCCCUUUUCCAACCCCAGAUUAUUGUUCUAAAGUCCCUUUGGUGACAGUACUUAGUUUCCCUUUCAUCGCGUGUUUAGUUUUCUAUUGAAACUACCAAUGCAGGAUGACACCAAUCAGGACCAGCGGCUGAUCAGUAGUCUGCAGGUUUCUGUCGACUUCACCAAGGCAUGAUUUAAUGGAGUAGUCGAGCUGCUAUACCUGCUCAUUAAGUCUUUUGCUCACAUUUGUAAUUUAGCAGCCAGUUUGUGUCCGUCUGUUAAUCUGAACCUGUUUCGAGUUUCCUUUCAUUUUAAAUGACACGUUGUUCCGGUUGUUAUGGUACAGACGACCUCUUCCCAGCUGCCAGUAUGCCUCCUUCAGCCAGAAGAUAACAUGAGUAAAGGUAGCAGAAUUUCAUCUCAUGUGUAUUUUAGUAUUAUCCUCAGGGUCAGUUUGUAGGAAAAGAAAUAUAUAUAUAUAUACGAAUGAGAAUCUUUAUUAAAAGUCAGAAUUACUUUUGCAUAAUUUGACAAUUUAUUUUUAAAUAUGAAGGUGACUGAGUAUCAUGUGAUAUAUCACCUCAGCUAUGAUGUGUUUUUUUAUUUUGAUAUGUCAUUAUAAUCAAGCAAUAGUUCGGCAUUUUGGGAGUUGCACUUUUUUUCUUCAAUAUCACUCGUGUCUGAACUCUGAGAUGAAGCUACAGUCGGUUAGCUUAGCAUACGGUCUAGAAAUGGGAAAACAGCCAAUUCAAUUGAAUUGAAUUCAGUUUAUUUUAUAGAGCCCAAUAUCACAAAUUACAAAUUUGCCUGAGAGGGUUUUACAAUCUGUACACAUACAACAUCCCUGACCUUUGACCUCACAUCAGAUCAGGAAAAACUCCCCAAAAAUGGAGAAAAAAAACUUUCACAUGGAAAAAAGGGAAGAAACCUUCAGAGAGCCAGCGUGGCUCUGUUCAAUGAUUAUUAAAGCAACACUUCCAGGAUGUUAGCUCCUCUGUGGAGGCGCUGGUCAGCUGGACCUGUGCGUGUUGGGCAGAGCCAGGCUCUCUGCUUCCUGUUAGCUAAGGAAGUGAUGGCUUUUAAUACUCAGAGGGAAGCCGGUCUUCUUGUCAAACUUUCAGCCCAUUUCUCAAAAUGCCCACUUAUUGCUUAAAGGUUGAUAAUCUUGUCGAAAGUUUUAUUCUAAGAUGACCGGCCAAAGGAGAAUAUAACCAAACCUAAAGAAGAGAAGCUUUUCCUUCUGUGUUUGAAUGUGUGUGUGUGUGUGUGUGUUUCUGUAUGUGUACAUACAGUUGCUCUUCUGCUGGUGCUGUAAAGCAUACAAACAUACACAUGUUGGGAUGUGUCAAAAUGACAUUUACAGAUGUGUCCAUGUUGCUGAUCUACUUUUCUGAUGCUGCACGCUUUCAGCUCUUUUUUGGUUCUGUUGUGUAAUUGAACUCCAAUAAUCUGAUUUUACAUCUGUUAGCUGCCAUAUUGAAAUCUGUAUGUGUGUUAUUUUAUGUGCCCAGCAUACCACCAUUGUAUUAGAAUUGCAUUGUUUCUGUAUUCAAUAUGCUCUUAUCACCAGAUGUGUAUCUUUAUAUUGUCUCUCUCAGGAGAAGCUCGGUGGAACAUUUGGGCUCCUUCAAAGGAGUCGGUGUAACAUUUGGGCUCCCUGUUGCCUUUUCUUCUCAAGGGCAACAGGGCAGAUUAUCACACACACACUGCCUGCAUGUGAUAAUCCCUCCAGCAAAUUCACCGUGUUGCCUUCCCAGUGCAACACUGAAAAUAAAUAUGUUUGUCAGGAGAGACGCUCACCUGAUGCCCAACAUAUAUAAUGGAACAUGAAAAGAAAGAUAGAUGAUCAGUUACAAUAAAAAACCUCCAUGAAAGGAUUUGUGUCAAUGUUAGUUACUGUUUUAAUCUGAUGUUUCUUCGGUUGUGUAUUACAGGAUCUGAUAAACAACCAACAUGAAAUUGCUUUUUCAAGUAUUUUAAAAGAAUAGCACAUCAAUUGAACAUCAUGUGACAGGAUGAAAUGUGACAGGAUACACUGGUGACAUUACAGAUGGAAAUUGUAGGCAUGUGAAAUUUGUAUCCUGAUAUUUUCUCAAAUAUAAACAAUUUAUAUUUC